GCUGAUCCCGUCCAGAGCUCCAUCGGUUCGCCGAGUCCCCCGCGUUCGGAGGCUUUUUGACCGGGAGAGAGGAUGCACGUGCGGGCGAUAUUGCUGUUGGCUUGCGUCGCCGCGGCGCUCGCGGCUGAAGAGAGCUGUGUUGGCCGGUGUAACUCUGGUUUUGACUCGAAGACGAAAUGUCAGUGCGACUCCAUGUGCGGCUACUACAGGAGCUGCUGUGUGGACUACGAGACUACCUGCAGCAACAAGGUAACCCGGGGCGACACGUUUCACGACCCCGAACAGGACUACGACACCGACGUACAGAACGUCAGCGCCACAGCUGGCCCCAGGGCCUCCACUUCCUGGCCCAGAUUCACCACAGCUGGCCCCAGGGCCUCCACUUCCUGGCCCAGGUUCACCACAGUGGGCCCCAGGGCCUCCACUUCCUGGCCCAGAUUCACCACAGCGGGCCCCAGAAUCCCGGUUUCUGGCCCAGAUUCAGCACAGCGGGCCCCAGGAACACCCCGCCGUGGCCCCACCAGCCGGCGAGUACUUCUUGAGUUGGACGAGAAGUCCGUGUUGCCGGGAUACCCCAAACUCAUCAAGGACGUGUGGGGCAUCUCUGGGCCAAUCGACGCGGCUUUCACCCGCAUCAACUGCCAGGGAAAGACCUACAUCUUCAAGGGAAAUAAGUACUGGCGGUUUGAGGACGGCGUGCUGGACGAGGACUUCCCUCGCGACAUCUCCAUGGGCUUCCAGAACAUUCCGAAGGACGUGGACGCUGCCUUCGCCAUCCCUGCCAGCAGCCACCGCGGCAAAGAGAAGGUGUACUUCUUCAAAGGUGAUCAGUACUAUCAGUACGAGUUCAAGAAUCAGCCGACCCUGCAGAGUGUGCGCAGAUGUCCAAAGACUCCCCCUCCGUCCUCUUCCACAGUACACUGACCUGUACUGCGACCAAUGGACCGACGUCUUCGACCUGCUC